CACUUUCAACAUCACCGGGGUAUUCAACACCCACAGGGUUAUGUCACGUUUGGAAAUGACAUUGACGUUACCGCGGACAGGAGCCCUGCCCUCAGAAUCGUGAUCGCCGUGGUGUGCAUUCUCGUUUGCGCAAUAGGGUUAAUUGGGAAUUCGCUCGUCCUCUAUAUCAUGAGAGUGAAAGACUCCAAACAGAGCGCAACUAUUUAUUUCUUUAUUGUUAAUUUAGUCAUUACAUAUCUUAAGUUUGUUAUGACUUUGCCUUUCUGGGCGGUGGAUACCGCUCUGGAUUUCAGCUGGCCGUUUGGAGACGCCGUGUGCAAAACCGUACAGUGAUGAACAUGUAGCUACGCCAGCGUGUUUUUCCUCUCUGCUAUGAACAUCACUCGAUACUGCUCCGUGGCUUCGGCGACUAGGAGCGGGUCCCCACCUCCCUCGUGCUCUGUCAAAUGAGUUUGCGCGUUUUUAUGAAUCGUCGCCACAGUUCCAACAUCUGUUUUCUCAACUGUGACCAACGUAGCCGGGGAAAAGCUCUGUUUACUCAAGUUUCCUGCCGGACACUACUGGCUGGCUUUUAUCAUAUUAAAUCCUGGUUGCUUUUGUUUUGCCUAUACGUGGAUUCUUUCUGUGUCCUAUGUGAUGCUUCUGACAUUAUUUAAGUAUGAUAGUAGUCAUUCAAAGAGAAUGAUUCGUGUCACCAAAUCCAUCACAGUUGUCUUUCUCUCCUCUGUGUGCUGGAUGCCUAACCAUGCAGUAACACUUUGGCGUGUGUUGGUCAAACUGAACGUCAUUUACUGGGAUGAGGCAUUGUUCAUACAUGUAUUCCCCGUGACUGUUUGUUUGGUGCAUACUAAUAGUUACUUAAAUCCGUUUAUAUGUUGUCUUACAAGACGGGCGGUUUUGAAAAAAGCUAAAAAAAUGUUUUUCAAAUGUUGCACCGUGGUUUUCCCAGAAAUCUGGAAGGGCAAUGAGCUGCGCUGCGGUGCAAAUGCAUAAAACACUACUACUAAAGCCUAAACAUUUGCUUAGUUAAAAAAAUCAACAUUUAACAACAACCGUAAUAACAAUAAAUAGUAAUCUAAUAAACAACACAAAACUAAUAUGUAUUUGUAAAAAAGGCGUAAUGUGCGACGUAAAAGCAUGAAUGAUUAUUUGUCAUAAAUAUUAGAUUAUUUGUAUUAUUUAGUGACAAAAAUCUGUUUGUGUGGGAGGGGUAUAUUAUGUCUUUUUUAUGGAUACAACACAUUAAUAAAUGAUGUGUAACAACAAAUAAUAGGCCCUAUUUGUUGUUUAUUGUUUAUUAUAGUUGUUUAUAUUGCUGUGCUUGUUUUCUGAUUUUUGGUUAAAAGAGCAAUAUGUGUUACAUUUACAUUUAUUCAUUUGGCAGACGCUUUUAUCCAAAGCGACUUACAAGAAGACCAUAUAAACAUUUUGUCAACACGCUAAACAGUACCGUUAGUUUACAAGGCUACUAGGAUGAUUAAAGCUGGAGUAAGCAAAGGAGAGAAUGAACAACUAGAUUUUUUUUGACAGACAGAAAGACAGUCAGACAGUUAUUGGUUAGUCAAAUAAAUGCGGAACAGAUAUGUUUUUAGCUGUUUUUUGAAAGUUGUGAAGGAUGCUGCAGUUCGUGUGGAGGCUGGCAGUUCAUUCCACCACAGGUGAACCGAAUGAGUAA